CCUAGAUGCGGUAAUACUAUCUACUGACUUGUAAUUGUUACUGGACAAAGUCGACGUCAUUCCAUAACAACUGUGAACCACUUCAAUGUUGCCAGGAUUGACCAUACCGAUAAGUGGAAGUACCUGGAACGGCUAACAUUUGAGCUCUCAUAGAUAGCAGUACAGUAUCUGUUUAGGGCAAGCCCAGAACUAUACUAGCCAGCAGUCGAACACAUCGCAAGUUGGGAGCACAUCCGAGCCGUGUGAUCAUAUUUAUAGAGGACGCUAAAGAUGUUUUGGAUCAUUUCCGUCCUUCUUUUUUCUGUUAUGUCUCUAGAAGAGUCGCAAUCAUGGUUAUGGUCAGUUUUCGGAAAUGUGGACUAUCGUCUUGGCGUCUUGAGCGCCGACGACGGACCCCCUAGAUGGAAGAUUGAAUGUUGGCAAUCUAGGGCUACAUGCAAUAAUAAAUUUCUCUCAUUGUCAAUUUCAAUUGAACAACCCGUGUUCAAAAUGUGCAAGGGCACUAUAUCGCAAUCUUUACAGCUGAGAUGGCACGCGAAAGCUCCCAGAUGGUCAUCUUUCCCCCAAAAUAAGAUUACCAGGGUUGUAGAGAGGUGUAUCAAGUAGAGACUAGCAUUUCAUCACACUAUAUCUACCGACUGACAUACUAAUCCAGUCAUAUCACUAAGCGCAGUGUCAUUGCGUAAACAUUAUACAAACCACCACGCAGAUCACUCUCAAUAGCCAUUGCCCCAAGUCACAAUC